AACAUGCUAUAAUAUCAUGGAUAAAUUUGUAAGAAAGAUAUUCCACGAAAUGAGUUUCUGAUUUGAAACAUAACGUCAAGAAACUGUAUGGAGUGUUUUCCACGACUGGAAUCAAACGCGUCCAACCAUUUAAUCUCAAAACUGAACUAAAGAAAAUGAAAAAAAAAAUGAUUAACGUCUAAAAUAGUUUGAUUGAGAGCAUCUAUCAACACAAUAAGUAGUGUAAGAAAAGUCAGACCAUCAAAUCAGAUAGACAUAACCUUUUCAAUUCCCUUCUAUCAGUCAACGGCAACGCAAAGACUUGAAUGUCAAUAGUCGAUCAAAUGUCAACUUAUCAAGGUUGUCCAACAGAACAACCAAUGGGCCGUAAAAUGUCAGAUACUCAAUUUUAGAGGCCCAGCGAAGGUGUAGAGAUGUGUUACCUCUUCUUCCUUUUGAGAAAAUAUGGUUUUGGUCAACAAACCCUUUAACCAAUGGUGUCUUAGUGCUUACUGACCAAACCCACAGAAGUCAAUUGAUCAGUCUUUCUCAGUGAUGGUAGGCUUGUUUCUUCAUUUUCUGCUAACUACUCCACUUUUCCUCCAAAUGUAGUUAGCUCAGAUAACACAUUGAGAUUAAUCAAAGAAUAAACCAAAUAAAUGGAGUCAGACAAAUUUGACCAUUUGCUCUCCUUAAAACCAUCUUCUUUACACACACAUCUUAUUUCAUAUUUGAGACUUUCAAGAAAUGGGGAGCUUCUUCAUCUUACUUUGCUUCUUCUUAUUCUUAUUCUUCAACGGAGAAUUCACAGCUGCAAGCAAGUUUUGGAGCAGACUAGAGAUGGCUGAGAUGAAUGGCUACGGGGAACACAAACUCUCCUCUGUGGUCAUCACCGGUUCUCUUCUUUGCAACACUCCUGUUUCAGAUGCCACUGUUGCCAUCAAGUGCCACACUGGUUUCAAAAAGAGAUCAAACUGGAUAAAAGCUGUUACUAAUGACUUUGGAGAGUUUGUCAUUCAUCUUCCUUCUCAUCUUCACGCAAUUCCUCACUUAGAAAAGGCAUGUUUUGUGAAACCAAUACAUGUGCCUAAACACUACCAUAGAUGCUACAAGGCUUUGUCCAAAUCCAAUCUGCACAAAGGCAUAAAACUUGUCUCGUCCAAAGAUGGUUUCCGUGUCUACACCUCAGGAACGAUCAGGUUACAUGGAUACAGUUCAAGAUCAUCCCAAGCUCGUAAAGCCGACAUGUAAAACAUUAGAUAACUUGUGAAACAAGCAUGUCUUACAUUUUCAUUGUCCUCACUUGUUUAGCUGGCGCUUAAGUCACAAAACUAAGUUUGAGUCUCUCUGCAUUGUUAAUCAUAUUCACACAAACAUAAACAUAUACUCCAUACUUUUUCAUACGAAUUAAAGAGACGUACACGACUUGC